AGUGUCAAGACAUUUGAGCGCAUCUUUCUCCUACAAAUAAGACACGUCCAUCCGGGAAUGGCCAGUAGAGCUUCCAACGAGUAGUAUCUCAAACUUCCAUCUCUAGAGCUCAAUUCAGAGAAACCAUGACAGUUUCAAAUGAAGAAUUGGCAAAUGAUCAGGUUGGAGAAAAAGGUUACUGGAGGUGGAGCAAGCAAGAUUUCUUCCCAGAAGAAUCAUUCAAGAGCUGGGGAUCCUACAGAUCUGCGUUGCGGCAGACGUGUUUCCGGCUGAAGGAUAGGAUCAGAAGCAGGUCGGAUGAUGUCACAGAGGUCGGGGAGCUCAGGAAACGGAGCGAGAACGACAUGAAACGUUGCCUAAACUGGUGGGACCUCACAUGGUUUGGAUUCGGAUCGGUCAUCGGAGCAGGCAUUUUCGUGCUUACUGGCCAAGAAGCCCAUAAACAUGCCGGGCCGGCCAUCGUCCUGUCAUAUGUCGCAUCGGGGGUGUCCGCUAUGCUUUCAGUCUUCUGCUACACGGAAUUUGCAGUAGAAAUUCCAGUGGCCGGUGGAUCUUUUGCUUACUUGAGAAUAGAACUAGGAGAUUUCGCUGCCUUCAUAACAGCAGGGAACAUACUCCUGGAAAGCAUUGUUGGGACUGCAGCCGUUGCCAGGGCCUGGACUUCCUACUUCACAAACUUGCUGAACCGUCCCUCCAACUCGUUACGCAUACAUACGAGUCUUCAGGACGGUUACAAUCUCCUGGACCCGAUCGCCGUUGCUGUUCUGGCUAUUGCUGCCACAAUUGCAAUGAUUAGCACAAGGCACGCUUCGUCCAUCAACUGGAUAGCAUCUGCAAUCAACACCGUGGUAAUUCUGUUCGUCAUAAUUGCAGGAUUUAUUCAUGCAGACACUUCUAAUUUGACACCUUUUAUGCCUUUCGGGGCUAAAGGGGUCUUCCAAGCAGCGGCUAUUGUAUAUUUUGCAUAUGGUGGAUUUGAUAAUAUAGCUACCAUGGCUGAGGAAACAAAGAACCCCUCGAAAGAUAUACCAAUAGGACUGCUCGGAUCAAUGUCGAUCAUCAUGGUGAUAUACUGCUUGAUGGCUCUAGCGCUUAGCAUGCUGCAGAAGUACACAGAAAUAGAUGAAAAUGCAGCCUACUCUGUGGCUUUUCAAAGCGUGGGAAUGAAGUGGGCGAAGUAUCUGGUAGCUCUUGGUGCUCUUAAGGGCAUGACAACAGUUCUUCUUGUUGGGGCACUUGGCCAAGCACGGUACACCACUCAUAUCGCGCGAGCCCACAUGAUACCACCGUGGUUUGCCCUUGUCCACCCGAAAACUGGAACUCCCAUCAACGCAACCCUUCUGAUUACUAUUUCAAGUGCUCUCAUUGCUUUCUUCUCCAGCCUGGACGUACUUGCAAGCUUGUUAUCUGUGAGCACACUAUUCAUUUUCAUGAUGAUGGCAGUUGCUCUUCUCGUGAGGAGGUACUAUGUACGAGACAAAACACCUCAACAGAACCUGUUGAAGCUGGUUGCUUUCUUGCUGAUAAUCGUAGCUUCCUCUAUGGGGACUUCAGCUUACUGGGGAUUGAACCCAAAUGGUUGGAUUGGGUAUUGCGUAACCAUACCACUUUGGUUCUUGGGCACUUUAGGGAUUUACAAGUUCUUGCCACAGCAGAGAACACCAAAAGUUUGGGGAGUUCCGCUCGUCCCAUGGCUUCCAUCAUUGUCUAUAGCAACAAAUUUGUUUCUAAUGGGGUCAUUGGGUUAUGAGGCUUUCGUGCGAUUUGGGAUAUGCACCGUAGUAAUGCUUCUUUACUAUCUUCUCAUCGGACUCCAUGCAACCUAUGAUAUGGCACAUCAGCCACAGCAACCCGAGGCGAAACUUCAGCAGGCUGAUGUUGAAGACGAUGGCAAAAGCAAGACGCCGGAGGGGAAUGUUUCUUUCCCUUAAAGCUGCCUUUCGAGCAAACUUUCUUCAGUCGGUGAGAAGCUUCUCCGUAUUCAUUUCACAGAGAAUACCCAAAAUCAGUGCCAAGAGAUGUGUACGAAUGAAACCCAAAGUUCGGCUCAAAUCAUCGAUCUCACAAGUAUAAUUGUACUGAGCUAUGGACCUUCUAUUUACAUUCGGUCAUAAUGUAAGAACUACAAUGCGCAAUAACAACUGUUACACUCUACCAUCA